UUUACAGGCGUCCCGUGCUUAAAUUGCAAGUUUUUUGCAAGAAAAAUAAUAGAAGUGCUUAAAGCUGCAAUAAAUAUAGAUAUUAAGACAGAACUGCACCGGAAGAUAAUACCCAGAACAACAAUCAAAUUCCAUUUCAAAAAGUGCUUAUAUGUGGCGCCUGUUCUCCCAAGUUCCACAGCUGCAUGUGGUGUUUGUUUUGUUUGUUUUUUACUUCGCAUAAAUGCAUUUCAGUCCUUAAGAACAUACAUUUGUUAUAGAAUUGCGCAGCUUUUGCUUUGGGAUUUUGACCAACUAACCAGCCAAAAUCCAUCGCGAAAGACGCAGCAAGUAGCAACGUUACAAAUCGCGAAAGUGCAGAAUUUUCCGGCCGGGGCUUCUGGCUUAACCAAUGUGGCACUUCCAAUGAGAAAUCAAUUGCAAGGCGUUGGAUGCUCUCAGUAUUGGUUAUUGGCGAGAUUGGCCCCGAGACAGCAUUUCUAAGCAGUUUCGUUCAGUCCGAGUUAAAACUCCCCUCGAUUUAGACAAAGUCAACAAUGGCGGACAGGCAGAGGACCGAUUGUCCGGAGACUGGACAAGAUCGCAAGAGACCUCGGCUGGAGGACGAAGAGCAGGAGCUAAAGGUAGCCGGAUUUUCGCUAAGUGCCAUCGAGGAAAUGCGGCAGACUCGUGACAACGAGCUCCAGAACGAACCCAUGGACCAGCAGCUUCGACAGUUCCAAGUUCUCGACGAAGUAGGUUCUGGCACUGAUGAGGAUGACGAGUCAGACGACGCCAGCGAGCAGCAGGGUGACAGGUACGGUGAAGGAGGCGAAGACGAGGAGGAGGCGGCAGAUGGCGAAGGUGAUGAAUACGAUUCCUCUGAAUUUGACGACGAGGAGAUCGAGAAUCUACUCGACGAAAAGCUGCCCGACGAACUGCGCGAGUCCAAACAGCCCAAGUACGAGCAGCGUUUCAAGACCGUGCUAGAAGAGAAGCGCUUAAACCACUUUGAGGUCCUGCCCGAGGGCUGGGUGCAGGUGACUCACAACAGCGGUAUGCCGCUCUUCUUGCACCGCAAAACCCGGGUGUGCUGUGCCUCGAGACCCUACUUUCUGGGCACUGGAAGUGCCCGCAAGCAUGCAGUGCCCCUGGGAGCAGUUCCCUGUCUUAACUACAGGCGGGCUUUGGAGGAGGAGUCAGAGGCCGAACAGCAGAAAAAGGAUGCUCCAGCGGCUGUGUGUCCCGUAACAGGAGCUGCAGCUCCACCGGUAGAACCCAUGGACUGUGAGGGAAAAGAGAACAACGCAGGUAGCUCUGAUCCCAAAUCCCAACCAGAGGGAUUGACUGCCUUAAUGCCUGCUGCCAAAAUUGUGACGGUUAACGAGAAUACCCAGAAGGAGUCGAUAACGCCUGAGCAGCUGAACACCUAUUGCCAGAAACUGUUCAAGUUCAAGGUAAUCCGUGUGCUGCGUUUCAGGAGUUGGAAUGCUCGGCGCAAGUUCACUAAAAACCGCAAGCACAUAAAGAACAUCCAACGGCCUACACUGCCUGAUGGCACCAAACUCAUUAAGUUCCCUAUCCUAGCGGCGGCUGGUGAAGGCUCAAACAAUACGCGCGGUCGAAAGGAGUGGAUUAUGAACCCUAAUGGCAAGAGUUUUGUCUGCAUCCUGCAUGAGUAUGUGCAACAUGCUCUAAAAACGCAGCCCACUUAUGAAUUUAAAGAGCUCCAAAACGCAGCUACGCCCUACUCGGCUACCGUAUCCGUGAACAAUCUCAAGUAUGGAACUGGUUAUGGCACCAGUAAAAAGCAGGCCAAGUCGGAGGCAGCGCGGGAGACGCUGGAAAUACUCAUUCCCGACGUCAAGGACAAGAUAACGGGCAACAAUAAGGACCUAAAGAGCGGCAUCGCCAAGAAAACGCAGAGUGAUCUGUCUGUUUUCGAUGACAUCCGCAUAGAGGACCCGCGAGUCACUGAAUUCUGCAAUAAGACAACAGAGCCCUCUCCCAAUGCCAUUCUGUUGACUUGCUUACAACGCAACUACGGCAGCGAUGUCCAGAUCAACCAGGAGAUCAAUCGCACGGCGAACAACAAGAAUGAGUUUACCAUGACCGUGGGCAAACACACUGCCAAAGUGGUUUGUAAGAACAAGCGAGAAGGAAAGCAAUUGGCUUCGCAAGCGAUCCUCCAGAUUCUGCAUCCACACAUCCAGACCUGGGGUUCUUUGUUGCGCCUCUAUGGAAACAAUUCAAUAAAGACCUUCAAGGAGAAGAAGCUGGAAGAGCAGGAGAUCACCGUGCUGCAGAGUAAAGCGGCAGUGAAUCAACCCAACUAUGCCAUACUGGACAAACUUAAAUCUGAGAUGCUCAAGCUGUGCGCCAAGCAGGAGAGUGUCCUUACCAAGGGUACUUUUGUCCCACCUAGCGAUGUCGAUCUGCCCACUUCCUCCGGGUCUAAUCUAAACAACGUCGAGCUCUGAUCCGGGGACAUCAACUCUCUUUUGCCAACCUCGAUUCUCUAAUAGUGCAUGACAACCAUCCAGUCUCUUAUUUACCCAGUCAUAAGACAUGCAUAUGACAACAAGUCGCCUCUCUAAGGGCAUUAGAACUGAUUCCAAAUUGGCCUUAAUCAUUAAAGCAAUAGUAGCAGCUAAUCUAAGCAGGCCAACAAUGAACAAUUUCUGGCCAAAUAGUACGAAGUGGCUUUGCGUUAAGGAAAACCCAUCAACAACUUUGCCAAAUAUUAGUGGUUCAUGUUUGCAAUAGUUAAGACCAAGGAUUACAAUUUCACUUAUACAAAUUUAAGCUUGAGUAAACGAUAAUUUAAAAGUGUAUUUUAAUUUAAUUGAAUACAGAAAAGGUGUCCGAACAAUGUAGUCUAAACAAUUAUUUUAUUUUAAGAUUUCUGACUGUCCAAAAAUAAAUUGCUGAAUAAACCCGAAAGUCAUAA